UUCAAUAUAAAUGAAUUAUAAUUCUUUAUCAGAAUUAAGCUCUAAAUUAUCUAAAUUAACAAAUCUGAAAUAUUUGACUCUUGAGCUAGAAAACAAUAAAAUUAAAGAUGAAGGAGCUAUCAGAUUAAGUCAAGCUAUUCUAUAGUUUGCAAAUCUUAAAACACUUAGACUUUCAUUAGACAUGAAUAAAAUUACAAGUAUGGGAGCAUCGGAUCUUAUAUAAAGUGUAGUAAAAUGUAAAAAUAUCUAUUCACUAACUCUUAGCUUGAACGACAAUCAAAUUAGUGAUUAAGAUAUAAAAAAUUUAGGUCAAUCUUUAACUAAAUUAUUUGAACUUCAUAACUUAAAAAUUAGUUUAAGAGACAAUGAAAUUAGUGAUUAAGGUGUCAAAAUGUUAGGUUAAGCUUUAACUAAAUGUUUUAAACUGACUUAAUUAACAAUUAGUUUAAGACGCAAUUAAAUUGGUGAUUAGGGAAUAAUAGAUCUAAGUUAAGGAUUAUCUAAAUGCAAUCAACUUUCAACUUUAAAAAUUAACAUAUAUGGAAAUAACAUAAAUAGCAAAGCAGGUUUAUAUUUCUUAUAAGGAAUAUCAAAAAUCAGAAAUCUCACAAAUUUGAGCCUUUGUACAAGUGUUUAUAGCUUUUAACCAAGUAGAAAAAGUUUUUUCAAAAACAUGUCCUAGAGAAUACUUAAAAUAAAAAGAUUACUAUAUUUUUCAUUAACGAUUUAUUUUUAUGAUGAACCAGAAGAAGAGUAUGUAUGA